GCCGAUUUGGGCUUUUGGGCCAACAGGCGUUGUGACGAACAAAGCAUCACUUCGUUUGCUACCAAUCACAACUACCAUUUUGUCACCGCGGCGCCCGCUGGAGGAUUUUGUUUGCUUUAAGGGCUCACAUACAAACUCAUCUGUCCAGCUGUACCUACGCACACCAAAAAAGAAAAUUUACCGCCAAUACCCCCGUCUAUCGCGUGAAUCCCGCGGCCUCGGCGCACAUGCGCAGGCUCCUCUAGGCACGAUAUCGACAGCCUGUGGAGGAUUACGACGGCCUUGCAUGAGCGCUGAGCAGCAUACUCUGUCUACAGUUUCUGCUGGACCUACAGACUAUUCAAAUUCUUAAAUAAGUCCCGUCCGGGCAAUUUAUACACAAUGCCGAUUGGAGAUCUUUUGGCACAAAUCAGCAGCGGCGACAAGGCCAGUACUGCGCCUGCUGCUGCAAGACUACCCACCAGCAACUCAUCCUCUAUCAAACGCAAAGCCGAUGCUGAUGCCCCGCGGAACCGAGCCGUCAAGAGUCCUCGGGUUUCGCCACCUCCCCGAUUCACAGGAACCUCGAGACCAUCGACGACAUCCCGACCGACACCCUCACAACGACCUACAAACUCUACCUCAACACAACGACCAGGAUCUACUGUAGACAAACCCCGACCAGCCGCGGCUGCCGAAAAGUCAGCGCCGAAGAAGGGCUCGUUUGCCGAAAUCCUCGCCCGAGCACAACGAGCCCAAGCGACCAUGGGCCAGGUCGGCAAGAUCCAGCACAAAAAGGUCGAAGCGGGACCCCGAUUAUCCCGUGAAGAGCUGCGGGAACGCAAAGCUACCGCUGGCAAGAAGCGGGCACCGACAGGAUACUCCGGCACGGGCAAAUCAACUGGUUCGUCAAAACGGCCCGGUGCAGCAUCCAGCAAAGACCCCAGAGCAGCCAGCGGUGCAUCAAGAGCAGGCUCAUCAAAGAAGUCUGCACCGGCCGAGCCUGAGAAGAAGAUCAAAAAGGCAGCGUCUGCAACGACGGGAUACACGGGUACUGCGCGCCCCAAACCGGGCAACCCUGCGAAGAAGACACACGCUCCUCGCGGCGGUGCCCUUCUCAAUGCUCCGCGACACAAUGGGUCUUCGCGAUACGACGACUACGACGAAGAGCUUGACGACUUUAUCGAGUAUGAUGACGAUGAGGGCGAGGGCGCGGGCUACGGGUACGUCUCUGACGGGUCCUCGGACAUGGAAGCCGGUAUGGACGACAUUGAUGACGAAGAACGCAUGGCAGAGCGUAUGGCGCGUGCCGAGGAUAUUCGGGAGCAGAAACUCGAGGCUCGUCUUCGUGCGGAGAAGGAGGAGCGCAGGAGGCAGUAUGAGCGUCGCUAGAGGAGGGGCGAUGUGGGUAUUUUCUUUCCUGAGGACUUGUACUAGAUAUUAUACAGCUUUUUUUGCUUUUGCUUUUUCUCAUUGGUCAUGGUAGUAGAGGAGGACGGAUGCAUGGUUCAUUUUAGGGACUACAUUUAGCGUUGGAGUUUGAUUAUUAGGCAUUCAGCAUACAUCUUUUGACAUUGCCUUGUGUGUUGUUACUUUGUGCUUUGAAAGAUAAGUGAUCUUGUACUGAAACAUGUCACUUGAUUAUCGGGUUAUAAUAGUGAUGAAGAGAGUUCAAAGUUCGUUGUUAUACAUAAUAUGCAUGUCUAAGUCUAUGUUCUACGCCAUGAAAACAAAAAAGAGUACACAACUCCGUCGUAUGCAAAUAAGCUAUAGCAGUAGGUCGAUAAUCAAAUACGAGGACACAUAAGCAAACACUUCCUACUUCUUGCUCGCGUCGUCAGUGGCGUUACCGUCCGGCUUCAACAGCAAUCCGUCCUAUGGUGCCUCUUGGUCAGCCGGUUGCGCGUCCUGCGGCUUGCCAUUGGCCACGGGCUUUGGCGGGAGAGCGGGCAACGAGGGAGGACGUGCAGGUAGAGAGCUGACAGAUGGGUUGGGCACUGGCGCCGUACCAUCUGGCUUCUUCUCUGCUGGCUGUUCUUUGCUGCUGCUGCUGCUGUCAUCAUUGGUGUUGGCCACUGGCUUAGUAGCCGCCGCCAUGAUGCCCCUGUCACGGAGAUACUGGAUGGAUCGCAGCACCGUAAGAUCCUCCUGUUCCUUAUCGUUGAGCAUCAGACGCUGCUGGAUUGUGAGACGGCCGUUAUUAGCUUCCCGCUCCUUCAUCGCAGCCUCUCUGACUUCUGGAUCGUGCACGAAGCGGCACUUGCCCUUCUUACCGCAAGUGCCUCCAGUGGAAUAGUACUUGCAGUGCUUCCUCGCAUCUGUGGGUUUCGCUGCGGGAGCCGAUGCAGCUUUGCUAGACUGGACUUCGGGCUCGUCAUCGUCAGACACCUCGUCGGACGACUCGCGCAGCUCGUCGCCUUCGUCGCCCUGCUCACGCUUGCGCUUAAUGGACGACUCCACCUUGCGGAGCUGCCGGCGCAACUUAUCCGCCUGCUUCUCCAAAGAGGACGCCUCUUCUUGUUUCUGUGCUUCUUUUUGCGCUUGCUUUUCAGCCUCUUCUGCAGCUUUCUUUGCUUCCUGACGGGCUUUGGUGGGGAAGUUCUUCUUUCGCUCUGCAAUAAAGGCAGCAACAUCACUGAUACUGGUAGAAGUUAGUCAUAGCCAAUUCAUAGAUAUAUAGAUAGAACUCACGUUAAAGCCUCGGAACCAAUAAGUUCCGUCAGAGCUUUCUCCUCUCCUUCAUCAUCCUCUGAUUCUGAGUCUGCUGCUGGUGUCAGACCCAAGGUAUUGACCUUGCGCUUCUUCUUCUUCGAUGCAGAUGGGGAUGUCUGCUUCUGGGAGUCUGGGGCAGUGGCAGUAGCAUUGGGUUUAUUGUUGUGGUUCUGCUUGGGGGCAUUCGAACGAUCGCCAUGAUGACCUCCACGGCCUCCUCGCCCUCUUCCGCCGCGAUCUCUACCUCCACCUCCACCACCUCCGCCUCUGCCACGACCACGCAUUCCGUUAUUCUGAGAGUCGUAGCGCGGCGCGGAGGGAGGAGCUGGAGGACCGGAGUAGGGAUAGGAUGGAGGAGUGUACUGGUUUGUGCGAGGGUCUUGGGGGUAUGGCUGCCUAUAGCCACCACUAGGGGGCUGUCGAUUCCUAUCAUAUCCUCCUCUUGCAGCUGCUGGCGGGCUAGAAUGAUGACCGCCACGGGGAGGUGCUGCUUGACCUGGUGGUGCCCACUGGGCUUGACCAGGCGGUGGCGGCGGCGGUUGAUAAUGAGGAGGAUAUGCUUGCUGGCCAUAUGCUGGCUGCUGGGGAUAUUGUGCAGGAGGGUAAUGUUGCGGAGCAAAGUUUGGGUGAUAAUUAGCGGCAGAGAGCGGCGCAGGUGCAUGUUCAUGAGGUGCUUGCCCGUGAGCUGGCCAUUGGGGUUGCUGAGGACCAUAUGCAGGUGCAGGAGGAGGGUAUGCGCCAGCAGUAUACGCAGGUUGCUGGCCCUGGUACGGCUGCGCAGAAUAUCCAUAUGAUUGGGAACCUCUGUGAUCUCCUCUGUUAGAGUGAUGAUGCUGCUGGCCUCUACCUCGACCACCUCCACGGCCGUAGCCAGGCUGGGAGUAUGAGCCCCCUAAUGUUGGAGGUGGAGGUGGAGGCGGGCCGUAGCCGUAGCCAGACAUUAUGUAUGGUGUGUAUAGGAUCGAAUAGUAAAGACGACGGUUCGGUUCUCAGUCCUAGAUUCUGGUGUUGCUGUCUCAACAGCAGCUGCCCAGCCGAACUAUGCUGGUCUGGUAAAAGCGCAGUGGGAAGGCAACAUAUAAAAGUCCACUUGGAAGCGAAACAGCGAAAAUAACGAGUCUAAACGGUGCUUGGAACGGUCGGAGCGGUGACGGUUGCGAUAAUGGCUGAUGGGAAAGUGGAAGACAAGUGUUGCAAGAUCGCGACACUACAAAAAG